ACCUACCACAUUCUCCACCAUGGUUGCUGGCAAUGGAAUUCCAACAGUUUUUCCUAGUGGCAGUAAGCACUCUAGGGUUCAUCUCUCUCUGCAAAUCCGUCAUCAAUUUUCUCAGAUGGGUUUGGCUCAUGCUCCUCAGACCCCCAAAGAAUCUCAAGGAGUACGGCUCGUGGGCUCUCAUCACUGGCCCCACUGACGGAAUCGGAAAAGCCCUAGCAUUCGAAAUGGCUUCCAAGGGCCUUAACCUAGUUUUGGUUGGUCGAAACCCUUCGAAGCUCGAAGCAACCUCCAACGAAAUACACGAAAAGUACGGUGAAAAAAUUCACACCAAGAAUAUUGCCAUUGAUUUGGCACAGUUUGCUGGGCAGGAAAUUGCUGAUGCGAUAGAGGAAGGAAUAAAAGGGCUUGACGUGGGCAUUUUGGUAAAUAACGCUGGGGUGGCUUACCCUUAUGCAAGGUUUUUUCAUGAGGUUGAUUUGGAGCUGAUGGAGAGCAUUGUGAAGGUCAACAUGGAGGCUGCCACGUGGAUCACUAGGGCAGUGCUUCCGGUUAUGCUGAGGAAGAAGAAAGGAGCAAUUGUUAACUUUGGUUCUGCCUCCUCUGAGACCCUCCCUUCUUACCCUCUAUACACUGUUUAUGCUGCCUCCAAAGCGUACAUAUCAAUGUUCUCAAAAUGCAUUAGUUUGGAGUACAAGCAGCAAGGAAUUGACAUUCAGUGCCAGAUUCCUAGUUUGGUGGCAACAAAGAUGACAAAGAUGAAGCCGACUUCCUUCUUCGUUGCAUCACCAGAGAUGUAUAGCAAAGCAAGCAUGAGAUGCAUUGGUUAUGAGCAUCUGUGCACACCCUACUUGAGCCAUUCUGUGCAGUGGUUCGUAACAAAUGCACUGCCUGAUGUGUUGUUGAAUGCGAUCAUGUUUAAGUAUUUCAUUGGGAUGCGAAAGAGAGGCCAAUUGAAGGAGUCGCGAAACAAAGCAAUUUAGCAACAUAAAAUGGAAGGGAAACUUCGGUAGGCUGCCCCUCCUACACCGGCUGAGUGAGACCAAAAUAAAUAGCUUCCCAGCACAAAUGUUUCUCUAAAAAGUGAGAGCUGCGUUAAGGAUGACGUGAUCAUGGUGCACCUACACAAGUGAGAGCUACGUUAGGAUGGCAUGAUCUCUGGAAACUACGAGGAAAAGUCUAUUGUUAGUUGCAUUUGAUGCCUUACUGAGUUAAUCUUUAACACCUUUCCACCACUGUAGUAAAGAGUCACUUGCAAUUGGAGUAAGGUGGUUGAAUUUAAAACAAAUAAGUCUUCUCUCAUCAAAAAUUUUGAUGGGUUUUGGUUGUG